CCCGUAAAAGAUGGAAGAAGAAAACUUUGUCAUACACCUUUGGGCCCUGGUCAACGAAAAAGGCUCCCCUGUGUCAUGGGAGAAGUCAGGCACCAAGUUCUCGAUUGACUUCGAUAAACUGGACAACUACCUGCAGUCGGGUGAGUCAAUUUUCUCUGCUCAAAAUCAAACUGAUUUUGCUAUGGAACUCCUGAAUUGGGGCUUUCGGCGGACUGGUUGGUCAAAGCUAAAUGAAAAUAAGUGCAUGGAAAUUAAUCCACGUGAGAUCUUCACUCAUAAAUUCUUCAAGCGCAAUAAUCCCAAUCUUUUGACGCUAAUUGCCCCAACACAACGCAUGGAGAAAAAUUCGAUGAUUUUUUUAAAGAAGAAUUUCGUGAGCCACAUGAGAGAUAAAGAUCUAUGCUUUUGCAUUGUCCAUAAUGUACCACGAAUGGAAAGAGAACUUAAUAAUUUACAAACGGUGAUGGAUUUUGAAAAGCAGCGUAAAAACCUACAGAUUCAGGUGCAGAGGAAGAAGAUAAUUAACUUCUCAAUGGGAAGCAUGCCAUGGAAUGGAGCUGUUGAGUCAGAAAAUACCGGGAAUGAAAAUAGCGUGUACAUUGGGGAUAUAGCAGGAUCAUACGGGAUUGUGGAUACGAACAAGUUAAAGGAGUUCUUUGGAAGCUGCAUUCCAACGUAUGUUAUUGUGAAUUCUGAAAUUUUCAUAUCAAGUUCUGUACCAGAGCGAUUUGCAUCACUGAUCGGGGCAUCACAAGUGGAUUAUCCAAAGGAAGUGGUUUCUGCUGAAAAUGCAGAUGGAAUCUGUCCAGAAGAGCAGUCAACUUCUGAAGUAUCUUCAGGAAUCAUUGAGGUGCCAGAAACAAAGACAGAGAACUCAGAUCUUUCACUGAACCUGCAGGAGACCUUUGAUGUUCUGAACAACUAUUAAUUAUGUCGAGUUUCUGUGUUUUAAUUUUAUUGUUUGAAAUCAAAAUUAAUGCAAAAAUUAUAUCCAUUAUUGUAGAAAAG